CUUCCGUAGUUAUAGCACAGAAAGAACAAUGGAUGGCAUCACAGCUAUGUUUUAAUAUAGAAUAGGAAUAACCAGAUUAAGACAUUUCAUCUGAUACAAAUGUAACUGUCUGACUAUAAAAUCAAAUUUUAAAUUUCUUAUUAUAUGACCUCAUGCAGACCCUGACGUUUCUCAGGGCCUCUGGCCCUUUGAUGAGUAUCUGUCAAAAUCAUCACCAUAUGUGUGAGCUUGGUUGAUUCCUAAAAUCUGAUCCAUGAACUAGACACUCAAGUCUUCAUGUUUUUUUUAUUUCAGAUGGAGGAUUGGUAGCCAGCUGAUAAAAUGAUAAAUAGGUUACGAUCAGGAAACAAACCAAAGUCACAUGACCAAAUGCCGACAUGUGGGAAGGUGCCCCCAACCAAGGAGGAUAUUCUCAGUACGAUGGACCAGUUUGGUGACAUGGAGACAGACGACAGCAGCCCCGAGGUAAUUAACGGAGACAACAACAACGUCAAACGUCUCGCCGGUAAGGACACCGACACAGGGUCAUGGGACUUUGCCGACAUAGAACCCUUGGGAGUCAGCAGUCUGUCCAAUGCAUACGGAGUGGAGUGGGAUAAACUGUUCACCAAACCUAACUACCGUCGUCUGUUACGAGGGCUGGCUAUGACAGGAAACCUGAGGAGUAGCCGAUUCAGAAGUAUUUGUUGGAAGGUAUUUUUAGAAGUGAUACCUGAAGACAUGAGCAGGUGGGUCCCGAAAAUGAGAGAGUGGAGGUCCAAGUACGACGACCUCAAGAAAAAGUUGAUUAUAAACCCUCGGAAGGCUGUGGAUCACCCAGUGUCCGACUUACAUGUAAACAACCCUCUAUCUCAGGCUGAUGAGAGUCCUUGGAACCAGUUUUUCUUGGACAAUGAGCUGAGAUUGACCAUUAAACAGGAUGUGAUUCGCACCUAUCCAAGGAUUGCUUUCUUUCAGUCCAAUCAAGUGAGAAACCUCAUGGUGGAUGUUCUUUUCAUCUAUGCAAAGAUUAACACUGAUCUUUCCUACCGACAGGUGAUCCCACGGAUGUUGUAUAGUGUUGCUCUUUCUCUCAGAGUUUUUCUCUCAUUCCUUUUUCAUUCAUUUGUAGCAAAAGACUUUUGAAUUUUGUUUCAAA